AUGCCUCUCAUCGCUCGCCGUUUCUCCAUCACGAACUUUAUGAUCGCGACUUCUGCGCUCGCUUUCCAAGUCUUCGUUCUCUACCCAUGGCAUAACAAGUUGGAUGAAGAUUUCAAGGAGUUGAAGGAGGAAAACCUAAAAUUGAUGAAAGAAAUCGAAAAUAAAAGGCUGCUGGAGCUGAAAGAGAUAAAAGAGGGAUUCAGCAGACUGCGAGCAAACUAA